CUUCAAGUCACUUUCGAGGAUAUGCUUCGCAGCCGAUCGCCCCGCUGGCUCGCCACCGCUCGCUCCAUGUCGUCGCUCCGCCCGCUCGUGACGAGCCAUGACAUCCAGUCGCUUGCCGCCGAAGGCAAGUCCGUCCGCUUUGUCGAUGCUUCCUGGUACCUUGACAAGGCUCGCAACGGCCACGAUGAGUUCCUGCAGGAGCGCCUUCCUGGCGCUGUCUACUUUGAUAUUGACGCCAUCAAGGACACCGCGUCGCCGUUGCCGCACAUGCUGCCGCCACCGUCGCUCUUUGCAUCGGCGAUGAACGAGUUUGGCAUCGCGAAUGACACGACCGUCGUUGUCUACGGUGGCGCCAACUGCUUUAGCCCCGCGCGCUGCUGGUGGACGUUCAAGUACUUUGGCCACGCCCGCGUCCAUGUUCUCAACGGCGGGUUGACGCAGUGGAAGAAGGACGGGCAUGCCGUCGAGGAAGGCCUGCCGUCGCCUCCCGCACCCACGACGGGCUACGUGGCCACGCCAGAUGCGCGCCUUGUCUUGACGGCCGAGCAGGUCCUCAAGCUCUUAUCGUCGACGAAUCAAGUCAUUGACGCGCGUGGGCCCGGCCGGUUCACGGGCAAGGACCCGGAACCUCGCGCGGGUGUUCGUGGCGGACACAUGCCGGGCGCGAUCAACACGCCGUUUUCGCACGUUCUGACGCCGGACGACUAUUCGGUCUUUCGCGACCCCGCAACGAUUCGCUCGAACUUUGAGGCCAGCGGCGUGCGCAUCGGCGAUGCGGGCACGGUCAUCGCCACGACGUGCGGGUCGGGCGUCACGGCGGCGGUGCUUACGCUGGGACUGCACGUGCUCGAUGUCCCCCUCGAACGGGUCCCUGUGUACGACGGGUCGUGGUCCGAAUGGGGCACGCGCGACGACCUGCCUGUGACAAAGGACAUGUAGUGGACCUUGGACUGAGGAAGCAAUCGCUGGCGACCGUCGUCGGUCGCAGUUCCAUCGCCUUAACAUGUCGCUGACAUUCGUUGUCCCACGCCUUGCAGCGAUAUGUCAAGCACGCUAAUGCGACGUCGUCCUCAUCACGUGCA